AAUAGCGAGUCUGUGUCUGCCACAGGUAGCGCUGGUCUCAGGUAUUGUAACACGACACUGAACCAUGUGAUCGACGACGAGAAUUUAGGAAGAAAACAGCUCGAGCGAUCUCUCAACACACCCGUAAAUACCAUACGCACAGGACUACCUUUGGAAGAAGAGUUGGAUCUUGAAGAAUAAUGUUUUGAACUAUGUGGAGCAUUAAUGAGAAACUGGAGGUCGACGGUUUCGGUUCAGAUUCGGACUGCACCGGUGAGGUGAGGCGGAAGCGACCUGUGACCAAAUACAUUGGAUCUAUAUCUUACAUGCAUUCAGAAAAACUUUUUGGAUAAUAUCUGAAUAGAGCUUGCCAGAGACGGAUAAGACUAUUUUUAUGCUUUUGAUCUCGGACAUGAUUUAUUGACCUGUGAUGCACCCUACCCAGAACAUCAGCCCCUUCUGGUUGAGGGUAGGGGUACAGAUCGACUUCUCAGAGAUGGUAUGGCAGGUGGGGUUGUUGGCAGCCAGUUUUCUGCUGCUGUUUCCCAGGAAUGCAUUGGCCCAGGAGGAGACUACCACAAUGCCUAGUAACACUACAACUAUCAACACUACAACCCCCAGCUCAGGCACGAAUGUUGUGGCUAUUGUAGUACCAAUUGUGGUCGUGGGGGUGCUGUUUAUUUUGGUGGGGGUGCUGUUGUUUCUGUUCUGCGUGGUAAAGAAGAAGCGUCAGACGGAGGGGACGUAUCGACCCAGCACAGAGGAGCAGACAGGAGCCCCCAGUGUAGCGACAGCAGACGCCCUCAAACUACCCAAAGAGGAGAGACUGAUUUAACACACAUGAACUCAUAUUGUGCUGGUUCACCCUGAAGCACAUGAUAAUAUGACUGUUCUGAACUAUGCACCUUUUUUUGAAAGCACAGGGCACAGAUUUAGCCCUGUGUUAUGACUAAACAAAGCGAGUAUGACCACUUGGAUGAACUCCAAUAUUCACCCUGCAACAGACAACACAUUUCCCAGUGAAUAUAUUUACGUUGGACCAAAAAAAUAAAACGAAGACCCCGUUUCAGAGAAGACCACACCUGCUGGUGCUAUGCAUUAUAGAAUUGCAUUGACCUUUAGGCAUUAAAUCUUGGAAAUGGCAUUUGGAUAAUAGGAAAAAUGCUUUUGUUGACUGAUCUGCUUGUGCUGCAAUGAAAUUUCAUUCUUGUUCUAGAUUGUUAGCCAAUACAUACACCAAUGUUGAUAAUUUUAUUGAACGUUUUGCAUCCUUCAAAUAUGCAGUAGGAUAUAUUUACGAUCGUAUCUGUAUUUACAUUUAUGCAAUAGCCAGAUGCUUUUGCUCAAUGCAUUUCUAUCAGUCCAUGCAUGUCUUAUACAUUGAACCCCUGACAAUGGUGUCUACCCGUGGACUUCAGCAACAUUAUUUCAAGGUGCAUUGAUUGAUUGGCAUGAUUUACCUGUUAUAUUUAUUCAUAUAUACUAUUUAUAAUUAAUCUAAUGCUAAUUUUCCAUAAAUGUGAUGGAAGCAGCAGGCUAGUCAAUCUAGAAGGCACUUGACAGUAUUGCUUAAGGCUGUCUUAAUAUUGCUUGGCAAGAACAAUGCA